AUGUUUUCAACGACAACGAACAAUCAUACUUCAAAAAGGUCUACUAAAGAAAAUGAAGAAAAUGAAGAAAAAGAAGAAAAUGAAGAAAUUUGUCAAAAUCCAAUAGAAUAUCGUCGUUCAUCAUUUGUUCCACGUCAAAUAUCAUUUUCUCAACGACAAGCAACACGUGGUGAAAUAGUUCUUGUUCUUUUACCUUAUUUUAUAUUACUUGUUGAUAUAUUUAUUUUUUUUCUUUUACGUGGUUUUAAAUUAACUUGA